CUUUUCUUCUUAUCUAAACGAAUGAUCAUGAAAGUAUAGCAUCACCAUCACACCAAUCUCUUUACUCUUUACUAAAAUCAAACCUCCAUUUUAAUUCUCUCUUCUCUCUCUCUAUUUUUCUCCCUCUCUACAAAAUGAAGGACAGACUCCACCGCCGCAACGCCGCCAUAGCCUCCUCCCUAGCUGCCAUCGUCAAGCCCGCCGCAUAUUUUAUCAUCAUCUUAUUAACCUACGCUCUCGGUUACUUAUCAUCAUCAUCAUCACAUCAUCAUCAUCCCCCUCUACGUCGUCGCUUUCCUCCUCCCUCUCUCCUCCUCCUUCAAACACCCCCUGACCUCAACCAAUUCCGAAUCAAAACCCGCUGUUCCCCACCCAUCCCUCACCAACACGUACGUUCAACAAUCCUCCAAAGCGUCUUCAACGGUAAAUCCCCCUUCAUCGACUUCCCUCACCCCCACAUCGCUCACCUUCUCCACCCCAAAAAAAUCAAGGGAUGGGGCUCAAACGGCGCCGUUUUCCGGAACCUUGUUACACAAGUUAAGCCACGGACCAUUAUCGAGGUCGGUUCGUUUCUGGGUGCCUCAGCGACUCACAUGGCGGACUUGACUCGUCAACUCGGCCUCAACACUCAGAUUCUCUGCGUUGAUGAUUUUCGUGGCUGGCCCGGUUUUCUCGACCGGUUUAAGGAUUUAACCAUGGUAAACGGCGACGUUUCGUUGCUUUAUCAGUUUAUGCAGAAUGUGGUUUCCAUGAACGCUUCCGAUUCGAUUAUCCCUUUGCCGUUCUCGACCGGUUCGGUUCUUGAUAGUCUGUGCGAGUGGGGGGUUUAUGGGGAUUUGAUUGAAGUGGAUGCGGGUCAUGACUUUAACUCGGCUUGGUCUGAUAUAAACCGGGCUUAUCGGAUACUUAGACCGGGUGGGGUUUUAUUCGGGCAUGAUUAUUUUCUAUCGGCUGAUAAUCGAGGGGUAAGACGGGCAGUUAAUUUGUUUGCUCAAAUCAAUGGCUUUAAAGUCAAAGUUGAUGGUCAACACUGGGUUCUUGUGUCUCGUUAAAGUCUCAUGCCACGUGUACAAUUGUAUGGUUUAUUUUAAAACUUGUUCAUCUAAAUCAGUUAUUGUAAUUUGAUUUGUACAUCAUCUAAAAUUGGCUCAAUCAAUCUGUAUGAGAAACAGAAUAUUAUUAUUUCCUUCUUA